AUGUCUCUAUCCUUGACCCACAGUGGUAAUAAUAUCGAAAAUGAAAAAACUUCCCUUAUCAACAUGGUCUAUAAUUAUGACUGGUCUUCAACCUUGCUUGGCCCUAUGGAUUCAUGGGAACCUGCACUCAAAACAGCUACGAAUUUGUGCCUAAAAUCUGUGUUUCCCAUCGGUCUCUAUAUCGGUCCUCCCGAUUGGAUUGUACUAUACAACGAAGCUUGGAUACCAAUAAUAAAAUCAAAACAUCCGAACGCAUUAGGCAAACCAUUAAAAGAGGUUUUGCCUGAAAUAUAUGAUAUACUUAUUUCUCAAUUUGAAGAAAUAAGAAAAACGCGUAAAGGUAUCUUCCAAAAGGAUGGAUACUUUGAACUAAACCGUGAUGGAUAUACGGAAGAGGCCUACUUAAACUAUACAUUUAGUCCAAUUUACAAAUCAGACGGCACAGUCUAUGCUAUAUUUUCCCCAGCAGAAGAAACUACACAAAGAGUUUUAGAUACUCGAAGAUUAAAAUUACUUGGUAAAGUUGGUCGUCAAGUGUCUGAAAUUGAGUCCUUAGAAAGUGCCUGCCGUAUUAUGACAAAAGCAUUAAGUAGUAAUACUGAUAUUCCAUAUGCACUAAUUUACUUUGUCAAUCAUAAAUUAAAUGCUGGUUCUGGUUCUGAAUCUCUGAUUGCUCGUCUAAUCGCUACUACAUUUGAAGACAGUUCUAUACCAGAUUAUUUACCAGACGCUCCCAAAAUAAUUUACUUAGAUAAUGAUGUUAAUAAUAGCUGUGAUUCAUACAUAGAACUAAAACGUGAAGCUGCAACUUAUUCAUUUUUAAAAUGUAAUUCUUGGCCAAUACAUCUUGUAAUGAAGGAAGGAAAUAAUAUAAAAGUUCUUUUAAAAGACGAAUCUCAAGCUGUGCUAGUUCCAACGAAAAUUUCUUCUUCCGAAGGGCAAGUUUUAUCAAUUAUAUUGAUCUAUGGCAUUAAUCGACUUCGUACACUUGAUGAGCCUUAUAUGGAGUUUUUGCAAUUUUCAAAUAUAGAAGCUGACCAAUUAAAUCCAUAUUAUCGUGAGACGAACAUAAUUGAACUCACUUUAGAAUUAGCUUCCGAUUUUAAAAAUUUAGCAAAAACAUUAGGUUUGAACUAUGAUAUUGAAAUUCCAUAUCCAGAUGAAUUUAACCAAGAAGUGAACAAUAAGAUUUACUUGGAUCAUGAUAUGUACGAAACAAUUAUAUAUAAUUUAUGUUCAAAUGCAUUAAAGCAUACUUGGAAUGGACGUAUAACCAUUCGUUUAAAUCUUGAAUACAGAAACGAUAAAAAGAUGGUAGUUCUUGAAGUUUCAGAUACAGGUGUUGGUAUUCCGGAAACCGCCCUUCCAAAUAUAUUUCAGCGUUUUUAUCGUGUAGAAUUUCAAGGUUCACGUAGUCAUGAAGGUACCGGAAUAGGGCUUGCCCUCGUUAAAGAACUUAUUGCACGUCAUGGUGGUGAAAUUACUGUAACUUCAAAAGUAAAUCAGGGAACAACGUUUAAAUGUUGGUUUCCAUUAGGAUGUGAGCACUUGCCAAAAAAUCAAAUAUACUUCAAUAAACUUGAGAAUCCAAUAAAUCGGGAUCAGGAAUCAUACAGUAAUCGACAGCUUUAUUUAGAAGAAAGUUCCCAAUGGAAAAAAAAUAAUACAUCUGAAGUUAUAGAUGUUACAAUUAAUCAAGUAUUAUUCGAUAAUAAUAACAUUGAUGAUAAUAAAAUGUUAGUGGAUAAUUGUCAAAUUGUUAACGAAAAAUAUCAAAUCUUACUUGUUGAUGAUAGUAAUGAUAUGCGAGAUUACCUAUCAGUACUCUUAACAGAAUUUGAUUUAUAUCGUGCUUGUGAUGGUCAAGAUGCUUUACAAAUCUUAAAAAAAUUAAAGAAAUUACCUGAUUUAAUCCUUAGCGGCAAGUAA